AUGAUUAAUCAGGAAAUUAUCAUCGGUAUGAUAGCAAGGGAACUUCCCACUACAUCACCUUCAUCCAGAGAACACUUGCUGGAGUACGGAGUAGUGCUGGAGUAA